AUGGAAGAUUCAGGUCACUCUAACCCACACAAGGCGUCUUGUACCUUGCCUCCGGAGAAAGUCUUCUCCAUCCAGCUAGGAUCGGAGGUUUUUCGCCUGUCAGGAGCUUCAAUUGCAUCUGACGCUCCCUCUUAUUUCUCGCGUUUUUUCGAGGAGCAACUGCGCUGCACUAAAGCGGCUAAUGUGCGCACGCUCUAUAUCGAUCGCGAUCCCGAGACCUUCAGAGAGAUCGCCAGACAUCUACAAGGGUACCAUGUCCGGCCUCGUGACGGUGCACAGUUCGUCAAGCUGUUUGCAGACUCUCAGUUCUAUACCUUGCCCCGUUUAAUGUCACAGCUUUUUGAGUCUGAGAUCUUUAUUGAAAUCGGCGACCGCCACUUCCGUAUUGCACGCGACAUUUUCUCAGGUCCCGGUGACUCGCCUAAUUUCUUCAGUCUGGGCUUUGGCGCCUUCUUUGCAUCCCCGGACGAAGUCUUCCCGGGUCUAGAACGAAAAGGACUCCUGCGACCUCCAGCCAUUGUACCUGCAAGUGUUCCCAGUCGAUCAGCAGAUACUUUCGCGGAGCUGCUACAUAUUCUGCGAGGCUACCCACUGGAUAUUCGAAAUGAAUUCCAUCGAGGCGAGCUCUUGCGUGAUUGUCGAUAUUUUCACUUACGGGGCUUGGAACAGAAGCUGAUUCCGUACAAAAUUGUCGUCAACCCCUUCAAUCAGCAGUCAGAGAUUACCAUCCGUCUCGAAGAUGUCAAGCCAUCAGGAAUUCUGGUUACACCCAAAAUCGUCGCAUCUGGUUCAGUGGUGGGCGGGACUGUCAUGUAUGCUCGUCCUUUCACGGAUGACAACGCCUCCCACUUAAUUCUGCAGAUUUCUGGCGAGUCCACACUCAUAGAUCCCAAAGAUUUGACUGCAAAUUUCAUCGGGCAAACUAAAACCCGCAUGGCCAGCCUUAUAAAUUUUAUGGGAAAGAAGAUGGAUAUCCCCGAAUCGCAAAUUCGAGGAUUACCACUCAGGUUCCGUUUGGGUCUAGAAACAGAUCUCACCAUCGACGGGAAAGGAGAUCAUCCACUUGAAUCCACUCUACGAGCAGGACCCGGAACGAAUGAGAACCUGCCUCCGGUCAAACGCCAACGAGUAGAAGCUACCGAGGAUGGGCCUUGGGUUGUUCGGACGGGUCAGUGGCGGCUGCACCUACUGGCUCAGGCUAACGAUACAUAUGAAGUGAUCCUAUGCGCCGUGAAGUUGGAUAUCUACACUUCUCAAAGAACUCGAGUGCAAGCUCGGGAUUUCAUCUAG